AUGAAGGAAGUUAAUCAGUCUGCAGUGCCAGAAUUUGUGCUUCUGGGACUUGGCCACUCACAGGAUGCUCAGGUCUUACUGUUCAUGCUAUUUCUGGUUGUUUAUGUCACCACUAUAAUUGGAAAUAUGGUCAUCAUGAUUUUAGUCCUCACUGACUCCCAUCUCCACUCCCCCAUGUACUUCUUCUUAGCCAACCUGUCCUUUGUUGAUAUGUGGCUUUCCUCAGUCACCACUCCUAAGAUGAUCAAAGACUUUCUCACAGAGAACAAAGACAUUUCCUUCGAAGGCUGCAUGUGCCAGAUUCUCUUCGUGCAUUUUGUUGGAGGGGGAGAGAUGGUGCUUCUGGUGGUCAUGGCCUAUGACUGCUAUGUAGCCAUUUGCAAGCCACUCCACUACUCUACAAUUAUGGGCCUUCAAAGGUGCACUGGCCUGGGGGUAACUUCCUGGGUAGUUGGCUUUGUGCAUUCUAUAGUUCAACUUGUACCAAAUAUGCAACUUCCUUUCUUUGGCCCCAGGGAAAUAGACAAUUUCUUCUGUGACAUACCACUGAUAAUCAAACUUGCCUGCCUAGAUACCUAUUGUUUGGAGGUUUUGGUAAAUAUCGACAGUGGAGCUAUUACUGUAACUUGCUUUGUUCUGUUACUGAUACAUAUAUAUGAUUCACAUCGUCAAACUUUUUAA